GCACGCUGGCCAGCCUGUGAUUCUGUUUACAAACUUUGCUAAAGCCCAUCUGCUCUGUUCGGCCCCUCCCAGCGGCAAACCCCCGAAUUCUCUCUACAAGGAAACUUGAGGCUUUUUUUUCCUCCUCCCGACCUUUUCAGAAGCAUCAAGUGCAGUCCUCUCAGAGGCAAGCGCGCUCAUUGCUGCUGCUUCCUUCUCAUUCUGUCCCUGUUCGGGUAAAAAAUUGAAGGCUGGCUGCUCAUUUGCUUACUUCUUCAAGAAAAGUAAAACUGUGACUGAAGAACAAAAAUUAAUAAAAACCAAUUCAAACAGCUUUUAAAGGAUUCUAUAGUGUCAGCCUAUCGAAUGCUAGCAGAGCCAGGAGCAGCUUCACAAUGGGCUCAAUACCACUGUUACUUCUACUUUUCCUUACUGUUCUUAGCCCCUUUUCAAGGAUUAAAGCUGAGGAGAAUUUUACCUGGGAAAUAAAGAAAGUACCAUUGGUCAUAAAUAAGAAAACUGUUACCCUAAGCAGCCCAGAUUUCAAAGCUGAAGCCAAGCGUGAGUUAAAUGGGACCUGUGGGAUUGAGUGCCAAAGCAGGCUACCUAUGCCAAGUGUCAAUGACCUUCAGGAUUUCCUUUCCUAUGAAACCGUCUAUGAGAAUGGCACUCGCACCUCUACAGAAGUGUACUUCAGGAACUUUGACGUGCAGGCAGAACACGAAGUCAUCAAGGACACUCACUCACGAAGGAAGCGGCACGUUUAUGGUAUGGAUAGCCGCUUCAGCAUCUCAGACAAGCAGUUUGUGACUAACUAUCCUUUUUCCACUUCUGUCAAAGUUUCUACUGGUUGUACAGGGAUCCUGGUAUCGCCAAAACAUGUUCUAACAGCAGCGCAUUGUAUCCAUGAUGGAAAGGAUUAUGUCAAAGGAGCCAAGAAGCUGAGAGUAGGGAUUCUGAAACUGCGUUCCAAAGGUGGUGGCAAGAAGCGCAAAGGCUCAAAACGGGGCAAGAGGGAAGCAAAGCCUGCCGAAAUCAAGCCUUCUUUCCAGUGGACAAGAGUAAAACGCACCCAGGUACCAAAGGGAUGGUUUAAAGGAGUGACAGAUGAUGUUGCGGUGGAUUAUGACUACGCAAUUUUGGAACUUAAGCGGCCGCAAAAGAAGAAGUUCAUGGAGCUUGGCAUUAGCCCUACGGUGAAGAAGAUGCCUGGAAGCCGGAUUCACUUUUCUGGAUUUGACGACGACAGGCCAGGACAAUUGGUAUAUAGAUUCUGCUCUGUCUCUGAUGAGUCCAAUGAUUUGUUGUACCAGUACUGUGAUGCCCAGCCUGGAUCCAGUGGCUCCGGCGUCUAUAUACGCCUAAAGGACCCUGAAAGCAAGAAAUGGAGGCGAAAGAUUAUUGGGAUUUUCUCUGGUCACCAAUGGGUAGAUGUCAAUGGCCAGCAGCAGGAUUAUAAUGUCGCUGUCAGAAUAACCCCUCUAAAAUAUGCACAGAUCUGCUUCUGGAUACAUGGGAACUAUGCAGACUGUCGUGAUGGUUGAUUACGUAAUGGGACGAGCACCUAUGUUACAUUCAGACUUUUCAUUACUGUAUUUUUUAGUGAGAUGAUUGGGUUCUUCUACACCAAAACACUCUAUGCACAUAUAAUGGUAGUAAAAGGGAAUUAUACUGUAGAGAAAACAGGGUCGCUUAGUAUUAACUUCCGAGGUGUUCAACUCUUGUGAACAGAACUGUCCCUUUAUCUGAGAAAAUUUUGGCAGGCGCUAAUGGAGUAAAAUUUUUAUUGUUUGCUUUAUUUAAUAAAUUAUAACAGCACAGAUACUUUUUAAGAAUUGAAAUGUGCUACAACUCUUUAACAUAUCAUUGACUGCUGGGUGCUUUCAUGUACACCGUAGUUGUUUUCCAAAGCUCCGACACCAAAAAACUGGUCUUUUUGUAUAGUUGUGAAUUGAUUUUCAGAAAAGAUCGAUGUCCCUUUCACACAAGCUUAGGAACAUGUGGAUUGAGCCUUCACCCGUGACUCACUUUUGCUUUGGCGUAGUGCUUUCUUUUAAAUAUAUGGCCAUUCUCCUCUUGGAGGACCAAGUAAAUAAAAAAAUACACUAACUGAAAGAGCAGGGUUUCAACAAACGGUAGGAGCUGAAUGUGUUUCUUGAGUCUUUUAAAUAUUGGACUUUGUAGAAAUGCUGGAACAGUAGGCAAAACAAUUCAAAUUAUCCUCUCUGGUAAAAGUUUUUUUUAAUCCUGCAUUGUUAAAUUGGUUGGCAAAACAAAAACUCAAACACUCACUAUAUCCAAAACCCAUAAUAAACAAUCUUUCAGCAAACAAAAUUGUAUUUUGCAUGUACUACAUGUACUUUUUUCGUUUGUGACUAAGGAUGAUGCAUCAAUACCUUGAAUUCAACAAUUUAAUGUUCGAUUUUGAUACCUCCCUUGAAUCAACAAAUCAUCAGGGCUGGGCCUUGGCAACCAGAAAUGCUGUAUCAAGGGGGUGCGACUGUUCACUAUUUCAAUAUUUUAUUUGUGCAUUUCUACAGCUUGCCAAAACUUUGAGAAUAUCAAAUGUAUAGCCUCUUCCUCACCACCACACCGUUUCAAUAACGACAAUUUGUAAUAUACCCAGAACGCGGCUGCUAGAGUUCUCACGCUCAUCAGCCGAACUGAACACAUCUCUCCAGCUCUUUGGCUUCUUGUAUCAAAUCUAAACUAACACUCAUUAGCUAUGACAUUUUACAUGGUCUAUUUCCUUCAUGUCUUGUAUCGGUGUAAUCCUCCACGUGAACUUAAUGGACUGCUUAUGGUCCCACACACCAAGCAUUCUUCCAGGGGUAAAAGAUCAUUCCGUGUCACGGCCCCCUGCUUCUGGAGCUCUUUAACUCAACAUUUGUGUCUUCACUUUCUUCUUUUAGGACUAAUUUGAACACUUUUCUGUUCAACCAAUAUCUUUCUUCAAUCUUAGAUUUUAACAUUUGUACUGGAAGACUAUUGUGUUGUGUUUUCUUAUUGUUUUUUUUUUUUUUGUUUUGUUUCUGGGAAUUGAUAGUUUAAAAUUGUGUAAAGCGUCCUUGAGUUUGAUAAAAGCACUAUAUAAAUAAAAACUAUUAUUUUUAUUUAUCAUUGUUGUCAACUCUCUUGGAUGCUUUAAAUGAGACAUUAAGAAAAUCUCUUUAAGUAAAAAUAAAUGUUAUUCACCUGUAAAACAUAUUGGUAGGCUAACACAAGAAGAUGCUUUCUUCCAGUGGUCACUUAUCAGGACCAAACCU